CUCUUGAUUGUGUUUGUCAAGCUGAUACUCUGUGCUCUAAAUUGUUGACCCAUUGCUGCGCAAGGGAAGGAUGGCUUAUCAAUAGAGUAUGUAGGCAAACGGCUCGUCAUACGUGGCUGGCUACAUGAAUCCCGUCUGCAGAUGUUUUAUCUUCAUAAGAAAAAGAGGCCUGCAACCUGGCCUACAUCCACGUCUACAUAUUCACGCUUAUCUUUGCUGUUAUGAUUCAGUAUUCGGCGCAUGACGUAGGUUUCAGGCUGGUACCCAUUGUCGCUAUCUGGCGCCCCCUAAAGGAAAGACAAGACAAACCUUGGAGCCUAAGGAUAUUGAUUUCCUGAGAGCUUGUAAAAGCCUCCAAAAGCUUGCGAAAGCUGCCACGGCGCCAACCACAAACCAUAACCUCUAAAGCGAAGUCGUUGGAUUGGCUAAGUGACGCCACUAAUUUGGACCAUCAGUAAUAAUAUCUCAAGGCUGGGAUUCAAUUUCAGAAACAUAAAUCCCAAAAUAAAUAGAGAGAGAAAAACAUGGCUCCAGUCAAAGAACGCUCAGUCGCGUUCGCGUUCGACAUCGACGGCGUGCUCGUCAAGGGCAAGAAACCCCUUCCAGGAGCCAGCGAUGCUAUUAGGUUGCUACAGCGCAAGAAUGUACCAUUCAUGUUCCUGACGAAUGGUGGCGGACACACCGAAGAAGCGCACGUCAACAGAGUUGGACAACGACUUGGCCUUACAUUCAGCCCCAAGCAAUUCGUACAGUCACAUACCCCUUACUUCGAUCUCGUCCCGGAAUACGGCGACAAAACAAUUCUGGUGCUUGGCGGACACGGUCAACAGAUUCGGGGAGUGGCGCACGCAUACGGCUUCAAGAAUGUCGUUACCUCAUCCGAUAUCAUGGCCACCUGUAAACACAUCCACGCAUUUCCAGAGAUAACAAGAGCGCAUCACGAUGAGCACGGCAGCGAGCGCCCAGAGUUGCGCACAACACCUAUCUCCGCCAUCUUAUGCUGGAGCUCGCCACGUGAUUGGUAUCUUGACCUCCAGGUCGUCCAGGACCUCCUUCUAUCCAGCGGCGGCCUGCUCGGAACGGUCUCGUCGAAGAACGGCGACGUCUCAUUGCCAAACAACGGGUAUUUACAAGACGACCAGCCAAAGCUAUUCUUCUGCAACCCAGACUUCGAGUGGUGCACCGAGCACGAACAGCCACGGCUCGCCCAAGGCGCAUUCAAGGAGGCCUUAGGAGCGCUCUGGAAAACCAAGACCGGAACAGAUUUGGAGUAUACAAGAUUCGGCAAGCCGACUGAGGCUACGUACGUGUACGCGGAGCGCAUCUUGCGGGAAUACGGUAAAAGCUUGGACUCUUCCAAGGAGAUCGGCACGGUUUACAUGAUCGGCGAUAACCCCGAGAGCGACAUCGCCGGCGCGAACGCAUUUCAAUCCCAGCACGGGAUCGAGUGGCGAAGCAUACUUGUCGAGACGGGCGUCUACGUCCCUGGCUCGGUACCUAAGCAUAAGCCGUACCAUACCGCGAAGAACGUCAUGGAGGCGGUGGAGUGGGCGUUGGAGAAGGGGGCAGCUGUGUUGAACUGAGUCUUUUCGGCAUGGCAUGGCAUGGCAUAUACCUGUCUGACGGUUUCUGUGUACUUGGAUGAGCCGGAUCAUUAGGGAGACUGACUCGGAGUUUUAGCAGGCUGGCGUUAGGAAAUUCUAUCUCGUAUUUGGUCAAAACGUUGUUUCAAUCGUGGGCUGCGGAUUUGAUUUUGGAAUUCACGGCGAUGACCACCUAAGGCUUGAUUUGGGACCCUCGGAUUAUAAGCUAGGAACCUUGUACGCUCUGCGGCGAAAAGUCCCAUGCUGCCGAGCCCUUGUAUACCCAAGUAGCCUACAACCAUUCUUCGUCUUCAGCUCCACGUUGGCAUUUUAAUUUAGGUAGAUAUAAAUAAUUAGGUCAGGUGUCUUGGGGAUUUGCUAGGUUUUAAUGAGUCCAACUUCAUCCUCAUCUCGCCUCCUUUAAUGAGUUGAAUUUGGAGUAGUGUUCGAUAGAGGACUGAGAUAGAUAUUAACGUUGAUGUUGCCCUUCAUUUCGAGAUACA